AUGGCCAAGGAGCUUGGCUUCGAUGGCUUGCUGUACAACUCCAUGAACGCUGUCGCGGACCGCGAUUUCGCUAUGGAGACCAUGCAGUGGGGCAGCUCGUUCAUGCUCAAGAUCUCCCGCUGGGCCGAGGAUCUGAUCAUCUACAGCAGUCUGGAGUUCGGCUUUGUCCGUCUGUCAGAUGCCUACUCGACUGGAUCAUCGCUCAUGCCCCAGAAGAAGAACGCAGACAGCCUGGAGCUGCUCCGUGGCAAGGCUGGCCGUGCCUUCGGUCAGAUGGCCGGCCUGAUGUGCACAAUCAAGGGCCUGCCCACUACCUACAACAAGGACCUGCAGGAGAGUGUUGAGCCCAUGCUCGACCACGUCAAGACUGUCAGCGACAGUAUCCAGAUUGCAACCGGUGUGCUCUCUACUCUCACCGUCAUCCCCGAGAAGAUGAUCGCCGCCCUGGCCCCCGAGAUGCUGGCUACCGAAAUUGCCGACUACCUUGUCCGCAAGGGCGUUCCUUUCCGUGAGGGACACCACAUCUCCGGCCGUGUCGUUGCUCUGGCCGAGAACACCAACGUCCCCAUGGACACGCUCUCUCUGAAGCAGCUCCAGGAAGUCGACGCCCGCUUCGACGCUGAUGUCCAGGCUUGCCUUGAUUACGAGCGUGCUGUCGAGCUGAAGGAUGCCAUUGGCGGUACUAGCAAGCGCGCAGUCCUCGAGCAGACUGCCGUGCUGAAGAAUUUACUGUAA